GCUGAUUUGAAUGUCCACCGAUGGGAUCUUUCACCGUUUGUAUGCCACGCUACCAAUCGGCACCAGAGGAAACGGUCAUGUGGCCUCUCUCCACCCCCGCCCCCCCCGAAGAGAGAUGCAGUGGGGUACACGACACACAGUCAAUACAACCCCAGAGAUGCUGUUGUUUCUUUUGUUCUCCCUUGUAGGCACAGCAGCCCUAGCCACAGACAAUGGCCUCCCUAAUCUGAGUGAUAUCACUGCUGCCGAGGCCUUCAUCAACGCCUCCGAGGUGGCCGUCAUCGGCUUCUUCGAGACUCCCUUGGAGGAAAGAUUUGGCUAUAAGGAGUUUGUGGAGGCCGUUAAGAAUGUGAAGCCUAUCCCUGUGGCACUAUGCAGUGACAAGGAGGCAUGGGCCAGGUUUAGCAUUGUGUCCGACACCAUCGCCAUAUUCAGAAAGGCUGAUAACCACCAAGAGAACCUUCAGCUGUCUGAAGCAAAAAAGAUUGAGGCGGAUGGCUUGGCUCGCUUUAUCACCAUGAACGAGAUUCGUUACAUCACCGAGUACAACCAAGUGACAGCGGUGGGCCUGUUCCAGUCAGAGGUGAAGACGCACCUCCUGCUUUUCAUCAACAGGGGGAGUGCUGACUAUGAAUCGCUCAAAGACAAAUUAGCAGCACUUGCGCAGGAAUUUGUUGGCAAGUUCCUGUUUGUGCUCAUACACGGGGUAAAGUCCAAUGAGAAAUCUCUGGGCUACUUUGGCCUGACUUUACGGGACCUUCCCCGCAUUGGCAUCUAUGACUCCAAUUCGGACAUGAAGUGGCUAAUGCCUGAAGGAGAGAUCUCAACUGAGCGUGUGCGAGAAUUCUGCCAGUCCUUCCUAGAAGGAGAUCUUAAGGAUGUAAAACAGGCGGGAACACUUGAUCCUAAAACAGAGCUGUGAAACUACUGAAUAAAUGAUUUUGUAUGACAGAA